AUGUAUCGGCGAGUGAGCUACCAGGAUAGUGACGAACCGGACGAACCCAGCGAAUACCGCCACCGGGACGAGUGCUACGAUGUGCUGUACGAUCUGAGCGACUUUCGUGAUGUGAUAGAGCCCAACGGCACGUGGAAUCGUACCUCCGCCUCCCCCACCUCCUCCUACCUUGCCGUGCACGAACGUUUGCGACAGCCAUCCCUCGGUGCCCGGUACGGGGACGACUACGGUGACGGGGACGACAGUACGGACGUGCAGGACGGGAUGGACGAACGGGACAGCAUCUAUCUGGAUGCGGUGUCCGUGUACUCCGAUGCGACGAAUCGCAAAUCGUUACACCUUUCCCGCCAGACGGUGUACCAUUCGGCGGAGGAUGUCCGGUUCGGGUCGGUAGACUCCGGCAGCGGUUCCGGUGGGGAGCGUCGGAUUGGCAGCGGUGGCGAGGAUGGUGCCGCACUACGGAUGACCACCGAGGCGCUGCUGCAGGAUUCGCGUGCCAACGGUGGGUUGGCCAAUCUGCCGUACGUACCCCGGCCCGGUGCAAACAACGGCGCGAAGGGUUUCAUCAGCGGUAUCCUAAAGCCGACCGUCCUCAGCACCGAGUACAACGAAAAGGUGCCUAGCGCUAGUACUAGUUACUCUAGCUACCUCCCUUAUCGUAAUGAUUAUCAACACGGUUCUGAGCAUGACAGUACCAAACAGAUAGUUACCUAUACGCUGUGGAAGUCUAGGACAUGGAAGUACUUCCAGGAUCAGCGACGCAUCGUCGACUACGUGCUCGCCUUCAAUGGUGAGGAUGAAGAUGUCGAAGCGAAACAGAAGCGCACCAUCUACCAGCGGAACCUAGAAAAUGAAGGGCUACAGAUUGAGAUGGAAAACUGCCAACGGAUCCAUUUCGUCAAGAUACACGUGCCGGAGAACGUGCUGUCCCACUACUGCGAGAUCAUGAAGAUGCAGAUGCCGAUGAAGAAGCUGGACAAUCAGGACAAGAUCAUAAUGCGCGAUUUCAGCAUCCAGAGCACGCUGGUGCGGUUGUUCCGGCGGCCGAUCUUCAACUUUGUCAUUAUCGACCGGCAAAAGUUCGCACCGCCGGAGUAUCGGUUGAUGUACGAGUAUUCGCGCGAAAAGCCAUACCUGUUCAACGACAAGGAGCCAAACUUCUUCACGCCGAGCAUACGGAUUGCGGUGGCCCACUUCAUACUGGAGCGCACGUACUUCAGCGAGGCGGUGGAGGAGAAGAAAGACAUCGGCAUCCGGCGGCUGAUGGAGGACCAGGUGUAUCUGGAUGCGUACCCGCUGCACGACGGGUGUACGGAUCUGAAGUCGAGCUGCCAGCGUGCACUGCUGCUGGAAGAGUGGGCAUCGAUCAGCAAAUGGAUCAAACAUCAGCCGCUCGACCACAUCAAGGAGUACUUCGGUGUGAAGAUAGCGAUGUACUUUGCGUGGCUCGGGUUCUACACGCACAUGCUGAUACCCGCAUCGGUUGUUGGGUUGAUAUGCUUCUUCUACGGUCUGCUUACGUACCCGGCCAAUCGCAUCAGCCAGGAGAUCUGUGGCGACAAUUCGACCAUCAUGUGCCCGCAGUGCGACAAGUACUGUGACUACUGGUACCUGAAUACGACCUGCACCAUCUCCAAGCUGGCGCACAUCUUCGACAAUGAGAUGACGAUCGUGUUUUCUAUAUUUAUGUCCGUUUGGGCAACGCUUUACCUUGAGAUGUGGAAACGAUACUCGUCCAAGAUACAGCAUCGUUGGGGUAUUACUGAAUAUUGCUCGCUGGCAGAGCCACCGCGACCUCAAUAUCUUUCCCGGUUGAAGAAUAUUAAGAAGAUGAUGUUUAACAUUGCCACCGGUGCGCAGGAACCGUCGCCACCGUUUUGGACUAAGAAGUUCCCUAGCUUCGUUUACAGUUACUCUGUGAUUUUCCUAUUUAUUUUACUUACUAUAGCUGCUGUCUUCGGUAUCGUAGUUUACCGCAUGUCAUUGAUGACCUCGAAAAAUAUAUACGGCGACGGUGGAUCGGUGUCGGGGAAGCUGAUCAUCUUCCCAGCCACGACGGCCGCCAUUAAUCUGCUCGCGUCAACCGCACUCACCUACGCCUAUCAGUACGUAGCGGAGUACAUGACGAACGUGGAGUAUCGGCGCACGCAAACCGAGUACAACGAAAGCCUCAACCUAAAGAUCUACCUGUUUGAGUUCGUGAAUUACUACAGCUCGAUCUUCUACAUCGCGUUCAUGAAGGGAAAGUUCCCGGGAUAUCCGGCGAAGUACAACCGGAUACUGGGACUCCGCCAGGAGGAGUGUAGCCCGGGCGGUUGCCUGAUGGAGCUCUGCAUCCAGCUCGCCAUCAUUAUGGUCGGCAAACAGGCGAUCGGUGCAAUUACGGAAAUAUUGAUACCGUUUCUGGUGCAGAAGUUUAAAGAGUUCCGCAGCGUGCUCGGUAUCGAAGCGGGCAAUAGUGAGAAUGGCGAACGGUUGAUCUGCUGCAACCAGUGGACGAAAGAUUUUAAUCUCAUCAACUGGCAUGAUCGCAGCCUGUUCAACGAGUACUUGAAAAUGGUUAUACAGUACGGUUUUAUCACGAUAUUUGUUGUCGCAUUCCCGUUGGCUCCAUUCUUUGCCCUGCUGAACAAUGUGUUUGAAACACGGCUGGAUGCUAAAAAGUUCCUGCUCUACUACAAACGGGCCGUACCGCAGCGGGUGCGCGAUCUUGGCAUCUGGUACAACAUUAUGCACGUGGUUGGAAAGGUUGCCGUCAUAUCGAGUGCCUUUAUCAUAGCAUUUUCCUCCAACUUCAUCCCACGGCUAAUGUACAUGAAUGUCGUCAAUACGGAUACGGGUACGGAUGAGGGUUUCGUCAACCACACGCUCGCCUCCUUUAACGUGUCGCACUUUGAAGCGAACGCAGCACCGGAAAAUAGCUCCUUCUCGAAUAUAACCAUUUGCCGAUAUUCGGAGUAUCGAAACCCACCGGAGGAUCAGUAUCCGUACAAGCGACCAGGCAUCUACUGGCAUAUUCUAGCGAUUCGGCUUACGUUCGUUGUCAUUUAUCAGAAUUUGGUGAGCUUCGUGCAGAUCGUUGUUGCGUGGGCGAUACCCGACGUACCGACCCGGCUGCAGGAUCAGAUCAAGCGAGAGCAGUACCUCACGAACGAGUACAUCAUUGAGCAGGAAAAGCUAAAGAUGGCACUGUCCGGCAAUGGUACGGGUGGCAGCGGUACCGGUGCGUACACCCAGAACGGUUAUCUCGCAUCGGAGGAUAGCAGCCCGGAUGAUGAAAAGCUAAACUACGGCUCGAUCGCGGACGACAAUGAGUACCCGUUGCGAAUGCAGACCGAUGACUGCGAACCGUACGAAACGUACGGUAUAGUGACGUCGCGCGUGUAG